AUGGAUUCUUCACCCUCCUAUCUAACUGAUGUUGGUGCAACCUUAACAGCAACAGCUGUCUCUGUAACAAACAUAGCUGGCGAACGUAAUGAAGCUCUGUCAUUUACGGGCACUAUAAAUUCUUAUUUUCAAAUCAGUGGCCUUACAACACUUGGUAGUUCAACUAAACCAUUUUCAAUUGCCCUUUAUAUCAGUCCAAAUGUUCUGUCUGGUACAAUUGUACAUAUAUCAAUGUACAAGAAUGGUACUGCUGGUUGGUGCCUUCCGUUCAUUGGUUUCGCCAGUACAACUCAUUUAGCCAUCCAAAUAUGGGGUGGUAGUAUAGCUAAGUAUGUACUCGGUCCAAUAUUACCAAUAAAUUCUUGGACACAUAUUGUACAAACAUGGAGUUCUGUUAACGGUUUGAGUUUAUAUAUUAAUGGUGAAUUGUAUGCACACGAUUCUACAAGUACAUCAUAUGGUGCCAGUGGUGUGGCAAACUAUCUUACAUUGGCAAGUACUCUACAAGCAAUUCCAUAUCCAGCUGGCGGAUGUUCAACAACGGGUGUCCUGGGAGGAUUAGGAUACUAUAAUGGAUUAGUAGAUGAACUAAGGGUGUACAGUAGAGAAUUAAGUGGUUUAGAAGCUUGUGCAUUGACAAAGUACUGA